GGAAGGGAGGAAGGAAGGAAGGAGUCUGCCUCUCCACUUCAGUCUCCUUCUAUGCCUCCGCGCUGGAGGAGCAGGGAGGAUUAAGCGCCCUUGUCUGGUGUCUCUCUCACUCACACACACACGCGCACACACACACACACACGUUCUCCCGCUCUGUGCAUCUCUGCGGACGCGCGGAUAAACCACACCACGCCGGGGAAGAUGUUUUUUCUGUUGCAUAUGGUUUCCCUCUGCACUCUGAGCGUCUCUAGCGGAGCGUCCGCCGCCACUCACUACAACUGCAACAGUCCCCUCGCCUCGGCGCUGCCCCAUUCGUCCUUUCAGAGCUCCUCCCAGUCCUCGGUCAGAUAUGCCGCUUACAACGCCAAGCUCAACAGAAGAGACGGAGCAGGAGGCUGGUCCCCCAUGGUGACUGACCAGGGGCCAUGGAUCCAGGUGGACCUCAGGGAGCAGUUUGAGGUGACUGCUGUGGCCACACAGGGGCGCUACGACAGUUGGGACUGGGUCAGCAGUUACCUGCUGCUCUACAGCGACACGGGCCGCGUGUGGAAACAGUACAGGCACGAGGACGGCGUCGGGAGGUUUGUCGGGAAUGUGAAUUCAGAGGCCGUUGUCCAGAACAAGCUGUCUCAACCGGUGAGAACACGUUUCCUGCGCUUCAUCCCUCUCGACUGGAACCCCAGCGGCUGGAUGGGCCUCAGGGUGGAGGUGUACGGCUGCUCCUACAAAUCAUACGUGGCAGACUUUGACGGCAGAAGUUCGCUGCUGUAUCGGUUCAAUCAGAAGUCCAUGUCCACAGUGAAGGAUGUGAUCUCUCUGCGGUUCAAGAGCCAUCAGGCCGAGGGCGUGUUACUGCACGGAGUGGGGCAGAGAGGCGAUUACAUCACCCUGGAGCUUCACAGAGGAAGACUGGACCUCUACCUCAACUUAGACGACAGCAGGCUGAGGUUCGCUGCCGCUGUCACCGUGGGCAGCCUGUUAGACGACCAGCACUGGCACUCUGUUCACAUCGAGCGCUUCAACAAGCAGGUUAACCUCACUGUGGACGCCCACACGCAGCACUUCCAGACCAAAGGAGAAGGACACUCACUGGAGGUGGACUAUGAGCUGAGCUUUGGAGGCAUCCCGCUCCCCGGUAAACCUGGCACCUUUCUGAGGAAGAACUUCCACGGCUGCAUGGAAAACCUCUACUACAAUGGAAUCAAUAUCAUAGACCUGGCGAAGAGACGCAAGCUGCAGAUACACAGCGUGGGCAACGUGACCUUCUCGUGCUCGCAGCCCCAGCUGGUGGCGUGCACCUUCCUGAGCUCCAGCAGCAGCUUCCUGUCGCUGCCGUCCGCCGCGCCUGCCACGGGGGGAUUCGCCGUGCGCUUCCAGUUCAGGACGUGGAACCCAGAUGGGCUGCUGCUGUCCGUGCCCCUGAACCCAGAGCCCCAGAGACUGGAGCUGCAGAUCAGCGGCGGCCAACUGCGCCUGACCCUUCACAGCCCGGGACAACAGAAAUCAGAGGUCUCCACUGGCCUCAGAGUCAGCGACGGACUGUGGCACUCGGUGAGUCUGGACACGAGGGAUCGACACAUCGCCCUGACGGUGGACGGCGAGCCGCGCUCCACCACUGAGCUGUGGGAACAGGUGGAAACCAGGGGCAACUUCUACUUUGGAGGCUGCCCCUCCGUGGACUGCCAGGUCUCGACCCCGACCUUCCAGGGAUGCGUGCGGCUCAUAAUCAUCAACAGCCAGCCGAUGAAUCUCAGCCACGUGCAGCAAGGAACGCUGGGAAACUAUAACGAGCUCCAGUUCGACACCUGCAACAUCAGAGAUAGGUGUCUCCCCAACCUGUGUGAACACGGAGGCCGCUGCGCUCAGACGUGGAGCUCCUUCACCUGCGACUGCUCGGGAACAGGAUACUCGGGAGCGACCUGUCACAACUCCAUCUACGAGGCGUCCUGCGAGGCGUACAAGCUGAUUGGCAGCUCCUCCGGCUUCUACUCCAUUGAUCCAGAUGGGAGUGGUCCCCUGGGGCCCGCGCAGGUGUACUGCAACAUGACAGACGAGAAGGUGUGGACGAUCGUGAGUCACAACGUCACCGCUCCGGUCACGGUGCGCGGCUCCUCGCCGCAGAAACCUCACGUCAUGACAUUCAACUACAGCGCGUCGGCCGAACAACUGCGCGCCGUCGUCUCCGGGUCGGAGCAGUGUCAACAGGAAGUGGUGUACAACUGCAGGAAGUCCCGCCUCUUUAACACGAGAGAUGGCAGUCCUCUGUCCUGGUGGCUGGACCGCGAAGGAGAGAAGAGGAGCUACUGGGGAGGCUUCCUGCCCGGCGUCCAGCAGUGCUCGUGCAGCCUGGAGGAGAACUGCAUGGACAUGAACUACUUCUGCAACUGCGACGCCGACGCCGACGCCUGGGCUAAUGACACCGGAAUCCUCUCCUAUAAAGACCACCUACCCGUCAGCCAGAUAGUGAUCGGGGACACCAACAGAACGAGCUCGCAGGCCGUCUACCACAUGGGCCCUCUACGUUGUUAUGGAGACAAGUCGAUAUGGAACGCCGCCUCUUUCUACCAGGAGUCGUCGUACCUUUACUUCCCCACGCUGCAGGCGGAGCUCUCCUCUGAUAUCUCCUUCUACUUCAAGACCAGUGCUCCUUCAGGAGUGUUUCUCGAGAACCUGGGCCUCAAAGACUUCAUCAGAGUGGAGCUCAGCUCUCCCUCAAUGGUGACUUUCUCCUUUGAUGUGGGAAACGGUCCAGCGAUCCUCUCCGUGAAAUCCCACCUGCCCCUGAACGACAGACAGUGGCACUACGUGAGGGCGGAGCGCAACGUGCGAGAGGCCUCGCUGCAGGUCGACCAGCUUCCCCUGCGCUUCCUGGAGGCGCCGGCCGACGGCCACCUCCGCUUGCGGCUCAGCAGCCAGCUGUUCAUAGGGGGAACGGCGUCCCAGCAGAGAGGCUUCCUCGGCUGCAUCAGGACCCUGACGGUCAACGGCGUGAGCUUUGACCUGGAGGAGAGGGCCAGGAUGACGCCGGGGGUGAGCUCGGGCUGCCCCGGCUACUGCAGCGGCUCCAGCAGCCUCUGCCACAACCGAGGGCGCUGCGUCGAGAAGAGCAACGGCUACGUCUGCGACUGCUCCCAGUCGGCGUACGGAGGAACCACCUGUAACCAAGAAGUGUCAGUGUCCUUUGACAGAGAGUCCUCGGUGACCUACACUUUCCAGGAGCCGUUCUCGGUGAUGCAGAACAGAAGCUCGCAGGCCGCCAGCGUCUCCACAGAGAGCAGCAGCAGGGCCAGAGAGGACAUCGCCUUCAGCUUCGUCACCUCCCAGAGGCCGGCCAUGCUGCUGACCGUCGGCACCUUCAGCCAUCAGUACAUCGCCGUCAUCCUCGCCAAAAAUGGGAGUCUGCAGAUCUGGUAUCAUCUUCAAACGGACAGAAGAGCCGACGUGUUCAGCCCCGUUCCCGGGAACCUGGCAGACGGACGCCUCCACCGGAUCCGGAUCCACAGAGUGGGCAAAAACCUCUACAUCCAGAUCGACCAGGACAUCCACAGAAAGUACACGCUGUCAUCCGAUGCAGAGCUGAUCCUAAUCAGAUCGUUGACAUUGGGCAAAGUCACCAGGAGGGAAAACCUCAACGAGGAAGUGAUGCAGGCGGCGUCCAAGGGCUUCGUCGGCUGCCUCUCCUCGGUUCAGUUCAACCACGUGGCGCCACUGAAGGCGGCGCUGACGAACCGAGGGAGCUCGCUGGUCACCAUCCGCGGUCCUCUCGUCCAGUCGAACUGUGGAGCGCUAGCCGAGUCCACCUCGCACAUUCUGCAAGAUCAAGCAGUAACAGCCAAUAAAGAUAAGGAGCAGCGUGGCAACGGCAGCCAGAGGGACUUGGCUGUGAUCGCAGGUGUCGUCACGGCCGUGGUCUUCAUCGCCGUGUGCGCCCUCGCCGUGAUGAGCCGCCUCCUCUACCAGCAGCGGCAGGCGCAGAGGAGCAGCGGCGGCGGCGGCGGCAGCGGCGGCGGCAUCAAAGAGGAGCAGAGACACAGCAUGUACACAGACUACAGGACUACAGAGCUGCAACUCCACAACACAAUCAGGGACAACAUGAAGGAGUACUACAUCUGACCUGCAGGGCGCGCUCUCGGGGGGGCCCGGAGUUUGCCAACGUACCUCGCUCUUGGAAAAGGACUCGCCGGAAAGGAACGUGCUGCUGCGGCAUUGUUUUUCUUUUCCAUUUUGAAUUAUAAUUUUUUUUACGACUAAAACAUCUCCGUACAAGUGCGAGCGAGUGGCUGCCUCCUCACAGCUCUUAGUGUAUUUGAUGUCGGUGAAACUGUCCCAAUCGAGCUGCUGUGGUUGUCUGUCGUUGCAAAAAGUGUGUGAAGCAAAAAAACAAAACAAAAAACAAAAUAAAGCCCGGACGGAGGACGGACAUUGUUGCGGGAACAAAGACGGCGGACGCGCGGCGAGCACACACUCCUCACGUGUGUGUGGGCGCGCACGGCUGACACAGUUCUGCUUUGAAAACUCUCAAAUGCUGAAUAUUUCCACAUUUCUGUGGGAAUAAAACUACUCACAAGUCUGGGAAAUGUAGGCCAGGCUUGUAAGAUAUGCGAGCGUUCAGUUCACGGCUGUCCUUUUUAUUUAUCUUUUUUUUUUUAUUAUGUUGUUGUUGUCGGUUUUUUUUUCCCCUGCGGUCACGGCGAGUGUUGUGGAGGAAGAAAAAAAACCGGGACAAUACUGCCUAUACUGUACGAGUGCCUAAUUUGCAUAUGAGUUAGUAUUUAUUUUAGACGUUAUCCCUGUGAUUUGCACAAAAAGGGAAGUCGCAUUUACAGACACAAGUCGAGCGUUUUUUUUUCACCGUUUUCCGAGAACCGUCAGAAGUCUGUUAGCUUCUGUUAGCCCAUGCUAGCUUGACGCUUUCACAAAGUCCAGGUUUUUAUUUUCACCGUUCUAACUCCUUGUUUGUAUAAAUCUAUAAACGCUUGUGUAUAUUGUACCAUGAGAGUAGCAGAAAUAUGAAAUUAGACGAGAGGAUUUUAGUUUUUACCUUUUUAAAAAAAAACACAAAUCUGUGUCCAGUGAGGAGGUUGAGCGUCCAAACUACCUUCCAGGCAACUCCUCACGGUGGUUUCUUUGGUGUUCUCUGGCAGCAGUUUUCUAUCAUACAAACAAAGUGUUUUUAUUUCAGCGUGCGACUCGCGGCUCGCCCGACAACCACUGCGAAAGUUGGGAAAAUAACGUAACGCACUUGUUAUAUGCAAAUGGAAAUGCAGUCUGGACUCGAGAGGGAACAGAAGAUCCUGGAAGUAUCGCAGACCUGUUCGCAAACCAAACUCGUGGGAUAAAGAUUUGGAUAAAGUUAGCCACGAGUGCGUAAGAUUUUUGAUUUCUUUUUUUUGUUUUGCAACCAAGAAGAAAAAUGGCUGAAAUCAUUGGUUCAUUUAUGUGCUGUGUGGAUUACAGGGACACUGGGUUGUGUUUUCUAAAAAACUUUUUUUUAAUAUAUAUAUGUAUAUGUAUAUAUAUAUAUAUAUAUAUAUAUAUAUAUAUAUAUUUUAUCACUGUAACAAAACCAUACACACGCUUCAAUAAAACAAACAGAGUCUAGAGCCACCUAGAGGUCCAGAGUGGACAUGACACAUCACACAAAAAUGAAAAAAAAUUAGAGCAUGGACUUCAGAAGAGACACUUUUAUAAACCGUUAGCCAAUAGAGAUGGUAGACAGACAGACAGACAGACAGACAGCAUUUAAGCAGUGCUUUGGAUUCACACGUACAUGCGCGUCGCGGAAAAGCCUGACGACGGUGAGGAAGCAGGUGUUUGACGUGGCGUACGACCGGCUGUGUCGGGUUUGCGCUACAUAUAAAGCUAAAGCUGUGCCGGAAUAUUGGCAUGGUGCAAAUUUGAAUUGCCUCCGUUGCGCGCCGCACAUGUGAAUCCAGCGUAGCACUGAAGAUGGCGCCAGAGGGAUGAACAAAGUUUCCCAUCAGGUUGAGAUUUUGCUCCUUAAACUUUGAGCUUAACACGCUAGGUUAAGCCCCGCCCACACAGAAUAACAGGAAGGUUUUUUGUUUGUUUUUGUUUUUUUCAUUCAUUUCUUUAAGUUUGGUGACACGGACUACGGUGGCGGACAAGUCGUUCUAAUUUACCCCCUCGGAUCCUCAAUGUCUGUACAAAACUUCAAAAGGAGAAGACGUCUCACGCCGGGUUCUUGGACGUUUUGCACUGACGCCAAAGUCGAAGCGUGGACGGAAACACUGACGAACAAUUAGCGCUUACCUUCCGUCCGACGCCGCCCGUGGCUACAGAAGGACAGUUCUGGGGGACGGGGGGUGGGGAGCUGCGUGUCCUGAGCCUCUGGACCUGAUCUGUGCAUGUCCCUGUAAACUAAGUAUGUCUCACCAUGUGAUAGUCUGCAGAUCUCCAGUAUGAGAGGACGAACACGUACCUCUCCGAGUGUUUAGGUCAUAUUGCAGAGGGUGAUAUCAUGUGGGUACUUCUUUAAUGAUUUGUAUAGCUGCAGUUUUAUUAAGGAUCUAUUGUAUAGAUGUAUAAUUUACUAAUAAAAGUGAAUAUAUUGUUAA